AUGGCAACAACAAGCUCAGCAACAGUCACAGAAGACUGCGCUGUAUUUUUUGGCCAUCAUGGUCCGCUCAUCGCCAGCGGCGACAAAAUUGGCCUUCGCACCAAGAUCAAGGCUCAGCUCCGCUCGGUGCAGGCGUGGGAUUGUGACACCUGGAUUGGCCUCACACUCGACUUUCCCUUGGGAAAAGACCAGAAAGCAAAUGAGGAGGCCGGCUUUGGCGUGCGGUAUCGAGCCCCGGAACAUGGUUCACAAGACAAGUCAAAGCUUUGCGAUUACCACCAGAUCCGAAUCAAGUUUCCCCGUAGCUUCUCCCACGAAGUCCAGCUGGGACAGUCUCCGAGUACGUUUACCAACGAGCACCUCAGCUACGUAAAGGUUUAUUUCGGUGAAAGUCGAGCUACAAUCGAAGGCUUUGGUAUCCCAUUCGCGAACCAAGAAGAUCACCAGGUUGAAAGCUGGAUCAACGGAGACGCCCCCAUCGCCGGAAAGUACGGUCUUCUGGACAUUCUCCAGCAGCAAAGUCUAUACCUGGUCUUGCCCGCUUCAAGCAGUCUUGUCAAGACCCUCGGCACAACCCAAACCUUAUCGACUUUCCGAUACCCUUACAAUGAAGAUUUUUCUUGGGAUCUUACUCGUUUUGAGAAAGAGCUCCGAGAGAACAAAGGUCAACAGUUCGCGCCACUUUACAGGUGA